CCACUGCAGGAUGGAUGUGAGCGUAGAAACAUUCAUGAAGUAGUAAGCAGGGUGUAACAGGCUUCAAAAUUCCCUUCUUUGUCUGCACAGAUAGCACUGGGCACCAUGCAGUUGGACAACUUCCAAGACUUAGAUGAAACCAGCUUCUAAUGCAACUCCUACAUUUAACGACUUUGAAAAACCAAGCAGCAUCAACAGUGGAAGUGCUGGAAUCAUCUCCAGACCACAGAGACAACUGGGAUGUUCGUUGACUCUCACAGCCAUGAUGCUUGCAGGCUUCUUCUUUCUGCUUCUCCUCACAGGGGAAAGGACUUCCAGUUCAGAGCUACCAGAGCUUCAUGACAAUCAUCACAAGUCCAAUCACAGCUUUCAGGAAAUUCCAGGUGGAAAUACCUCCAGUUCAGAGCUUUAUGAUGAUCAGCAGGCGUCCAAUCAGAGCUUAGAGGAAAUGUCAGGUGGAAAUACCUCCAAUUCAGAGCUUUAUGAUGAUCAACAGGCCAAAAAUCAGAGCUCAGAGGAAAUGUCAGGUGAAGGUCUCUCCAGUGAAGUUUUUAUUCACACUGUGCCUGGUCGGAAUAUACCAAGUCAUGAAGAUCACAGUAAAACAUGCAGUAUCUGGGAUAUUGUAGACCACCUGAAUCUGACCAAAGACACGGAUAAAUACGUUGUGACCCGGCCAGUUAGAGAUCACACUUCUCACACAUUGAUAUAUAUUACCAUGAUGAUUUAUGCCAUCCUAGAUGUGAGAGAGAGCGACCAGGUUUUCAUUUCUUAUGUGUGGAUUGUUUUGGAAUGGGAUAAUGAGCACAUCUGGUGGGAUCCAGAUCGCUUCUGUGGACUUAAACAUAUAAUAGUUCCUACUAAACAUUUGUGGAUGCCAGAUCUAACCACUGAAGAGAUGAUAGAAAAGGAUAAAGUCCGUCCAAGUCCCUACCUUAAGAUUAAUUAUUAUGGCUGGAUCGACUAUAGGAAUGACCAGGUGAUGCUCACCACUUGCAGGAUGACCGCUUACAAUUUCCCCUUUGACAUUCAGAGAUGCACCAUCUCCUUCAAGUCUAUCUUACACUCUGAUAAAGAAAUACAGUUAUUAUUCAACACAAACAACACAGCGAUCACAGAGCGGUCUCGUAAAGUGAUGCGGACGCAGUACGAAUGGCUGUUCAUCGACAUGACAGCCACCGAAGAAACGAACGACAUACUUGGGUUUAACCAAACCACUAUUAUUUACACUAUCACCAUGAAGAGAAGGUCUGCACUCUACGUUGCCAACUUCUUGCUGCCUGUUCUCUUCUUCUUGUGUCUGGACUUGGCCUCCCUCCUGAUCUCCAACAGAGGAGGUGAGAAGCUCAGCUUCAAGGUCACUGUGAUGCUUGCUGUCACAGUGAUGCAGCUUAUUCUCAAUGAAAUUCUGCCUGCGUCAUCAGACAGGAUCCCACUUAUAGCGAUCUACUGCAUUGGGGUUUUUGGUAUGAUGAUGAUCAGCCUCAUGGAGACAAUUUUUGUGACGUAUCUGAUGGAGAAAGACUUCCAAGACGAUCAGAUUGACAGAGACCGAAGCCUGAAUGAGAGCCGUGAGGACAAACUGGACAAAGGCAACUUCCACAGCUGUUUCAGAGAGAUGAAGAAAUGGACUCACUGUGUGUCGUUCAACAAUGGCUCUGCUGAUCAACCACCACAUGUGGGUGAAGAGGGCAGCAGCCAGCUGACAGAGGUGUCUGUUGCCUUGGAAAAGGUCUCAGAUGAGCUUGGAGAGAUCGACAGAAAAAUGAUUCUACUCAGCAGCAACAAGGAGGAGAAGCCCGGCUACUGGACAAGGAUGGCAAAAAAAAUCGACAAGGCUUUCUCUAUUGUAUAUGUCAUGUCUGUUUUUCUGUUCUUAGUUGUUAUCUUUUCAGUGUGGAUCCCUAAACCUAAGUAGCGCUGAAGUUCAAAAACAUUGAUGCCUCAUAUAAGGACAACGCAGUAAUGCUUGCUGAACUAUAAUGUAUCAUCAGAAUAACACUGACCUACAAGGGAUUUACAUAUAUUUUUUGGUUUUCUUUGGUUUUGUCAUUAAGCUGCACAGAUGCCGCAUUUGGACUGAUUCUAAAAUAUGUUGGUAACAACUACUUUUGAGGCAAAUUGGGCUCCAAUUGGGAAAAAAAACAUUACAACUGAAACAUUUUAAACAUUAGCGCUGACUGAAAAUGACAUCUGUGGUCUUUUAAUGACACAUAAAUAAUAGGUCAUGUUCUGGUAAUUAUCUGACACUUCUUCAUUUUUAUACAGCACUUCCAAGUCCACUGUAAAUAACAUUUAGUAAACUAUUAUAGCUUUUUAUUUAUUAAUGCUCACUUAGGGAGUCAGUUCUUGGCAUCACUGGGCAAAAGUUCUAUAGAAUCCUUUCAACAUGUCGGAAUUUAAGAGAGGAAACUAGACUUCUGUGUCUCCUCUUGGAUCAACACAAUGCUACAUAGCUAACACGUAUGCUUUUUAUUAAACUUUGUCAAAUUCUAAUAAACAAUUAAACUUUUAGCAUAGUAAAAUAUUAACAUUUUAAGUGUAAUAUAGUGAAAGUGUAGCUGUAUUUAGAUUCGAGUUAUACUUACAGUAAUGCUCAUCUGUGAGAGUGCAAAGUAGUUUAAUAUCCGCUGUAUAUGUAUUUUAGGUUAUAUGUUUGGUUAUUCCACAUUUGCAUUUAAAGUAUUUUGCAUUUGCAUGGUGGAAUAAAAGUCCAGUCAUCUGGUUGUAGGAUAUGUACUAUCAGUCUACUGAAAUAAACAAUAAGGAGAAACUGUUUUCAUCCUCACCUCUCUUGGUUGCAUAUGAAUGCAUAGAUUUUCAAACAAAGGACUUUUAUUUUGAAAAAGGACAAAUUUCCUCAUUGUGCCUUAAUUUUGUGUCUUCCUUCAUAUAAAUAAAGACAUUUGCAGCAUAAAUUAACGCAAAACAGUUAUGAUGACAUGUUUUUAAGUUGGUAUGUUAAAAAAAAAAGCUGCUCCAGUGUAAAGUAGUUCUGGGAAACGACUUUAAAUCCUGACCUCAGUGUGAAGACAAAAAUAGUUAUCAGGCAAAUUUUAUUAAUAAAACCUCAAUCUGAAUUCAGUUUUAAAUCACCUCACUCAGAAAUCUGAGUUUAAAUGACACACAAUACUAAACUGAUGCAAUUACUAGCAUUAUGUUGGAAAAACUGAUCAAAAUAAUGUUUGCAACUAAAAAAAUCUAAAUCUUUAAAUUAGAGUUUUGUUUUGAAACUACAUUUACAGGUCCCUUAAGUAAUUUUUUAGAAUGCAUAAACAUUUGUUUGUCCUAUGAAGAGCGACACUGUGGAUGUCUGAAAUAUUCUUUUUCACAUCUACAAGCUCCAUUAGGGUUUGAAGAAUCUAGAAUUUAAAGGAUGCUUUUUCGCUCACAAUAUAAACUAUUGUGUUAACUGAAAGCUUCAAUGUGUGUAUAUACAGAAAAAAUCUUUAAUGAAGUAACUGUACAAGGACAAUUAACUAUAGUCUCAACACUAAUUGUAACAACAACAGCUGUAAGAAGUAAGAAUAACCUGAAAAUGUUGUAAAAACUGCAUGACAAGUGGUGUUUUAUUUAUAUUAGAAAAAAAAAUCAACCUUACCUGAAGAAGAUCCAGCUGGGUUUAGACUAACUCUUGGAAUAAAUGCUGCGGCUUUCAGAAAGUGUCCAGACUUGUGC